CAAAUAGCGUGCCAGUCCACUGAGAGCUUUACUGGAACAGGCUCUCUAGCAGUCACUGCAAAAACCCUCACCCGCCAAGAAAACCCUAUUUUCCGAUUCUUCAUUCGUUUCUAUUCACUAUCGAAGGCUUUUCAAGAUGAGUACCAUGAAAUUUUGUCGCGAGUGCAACAACAUUCUCUACCCUAAGGAGGAUAAGGAACAGAAGAUCCUCCUCUAUGCUUGCCGCAAUUGCGAUCAUCAGGAAAUUGCUGAAAAUAACUGUGUAUACAGAAAUGAGGUACAUCACUCUGUAGCAGAGCGGACUCAGGUACUGCAGGAUGUAGCUGCAGAUCCAACACUUCCUCGCACUAAAUCCGUUAAGUGCAGCAUGUGCAACCAUCAAGAAGCUGUCUUCUUCCAGGCAACUGCUAGGGGAGAGGAAGGUAUGACGCUGUUCUUUGUAUGCUGCAACCCUAAUUGUGGGCAUAGAUGGAGAGAUUGAGAUGCAUCUGCAAAUUAGUCAAAGACUAUUAAGGAUGAUAAAUUUAGCUGGUCAUAUCAUGCUUGGGAUCUAAUGUAGCAGGGCCCCAAAGCCCUUCAAAUUUUCAUAGACGUGGGUGAUUGACAAAUUAUUUUUAUCUCAUUGGCCCCCCAAAUUUGAUUUA